AUGACGCUCUACUACACUCUUGUCUUUAUGCUUCUCGUCUUCGAGAUGGGGCUCUUCAUGCUCCUGGUCUUCCCCAUGCCCUUCAACGUCAAGCGAAAGAUCUUUACCAGCAACAGCUUCAUUUCAGAGAACCCCGUCGUAGCCAAGAUUCAGUAUUGGAUGAAGAUUACCUUCAUCUUUAUCCUGAUCCUCUUUGUGGACAGCGUGAACCGUGUCUACCGUGUCCAGCUCGAGCUCGCCGCUGCCUCCGAACAGGCCAAGCACGGUGGAGGUGCCGCCGUCAUGGGUCACGAGCGUCUCGAAGUCCAGGCUCGCAAGUUCUACUCGCAACGCAACAUGUACCUUUGCGGUUUCACCCUCUUCCUAUCACUCAUUCUUAACCGUACCUACGUCAUGAUCAUCGAGGUGAUGCGUCUUGAGGACAAGGUCCGCUCUUACGAGGGUACCAAGGAGAACACCAAGGAGGCCGAGAAGCUCGCUGCCGCCGGUAAGCCCGGUGAGCUCGCCCGUCUCCGAAAGGAGCUUGAGCUCAAGGAGCAGGACCUCAAGACCCUCAAGAAGCAAAGCGAGCAGCUCCACAAGAGCUACGAUGAGCUCAGCGACAAGUACGCCGCUACCCAGCAGACCGGCGAGGGCAGGAAGGGUAUCUAA